AUGGCUGGCAACCUAGCUCCAAUUGCGCAGCUUCUGGAGGCCAGUUUGGAUCCUCGACAGCACAAACAGGCCGAGGCCGCGUUGAAGCAAGAGGAAGCUAAGCCUGGAUUUUCCCUCCAACUCCUGCACAUCACAGCGUCCGAGUCGUUUGCAUACAACACGCGUCUUGCCAGUGCACUUUGCUUCAAGAACUUUAUAAAGAGGAAUUGGACAGAUGAGGAGGGCCAGUACAAGCUGCCGGAGAGCGAUGUCGUCACUAUCAAGCAGGAGCUGAUAAGCUUGAUGAUAUCCGUGCCUUCGGGCAUACAGUCGCAGCUCGGAGAGGCAGUCAGUGUCAUUGCAGACAGCGACUUUUGGGAGAGAUGGGACACACUGGUCGAUGACCUUGUGUCUCGACUAUCGCCUGAUAACAUCAAGACCAACGUCGGUGUCUUGCAGGUAGCCCACUCCAUCUUCAAGAGAUGGCGACCGCUCUUCCGCUCCGAUGACCUCUAUAGAGAGAUCAACCAUGUCCUGGAGAAGUUCGGACAUCCAUACCUCGCUCUGUUCGAGUCCCUUGACGCAUACCUCGAGAAGAACAAGGAAAACAAGGAGAACCUCACUCUCGGCUUCACCCAGCUCAACCUCAUGGUGAAGCUGUUCUACGACCUGUCGUCCCACGACCUGCCUCCCAUGUUCGAAGAGAAUCUAGGAGCAAUUGCGACGCUGUUCCUCAAAUACUUGAUGUACGACAACAAACUAUUACAUACGGACGACGACUCAGAGUCUGGCGUGCUGGAAUUCGUCAAAGCUGGAACAUUCGAAGGCCUCACCCUCUAUGUCCAAAAGUACCUUGACGUAUUCGGACCGCUGGUUGAACAGUUCAUUGGCAGCUCAUGGAACCUCCUUACCACCAUUGGCCAGGAGACAAAGUAUGACAUUCUGGUCAGUAAGGCUUUGCAGUUCUUGACUUCCAUUGCAAAGAUUCCGGAGCACGCAGCAGCAUUCCAGAACGAAGGAACCCUCGGCCAGGUCACCGAGAAAGUCAUCUUGCCCAACAUCACCCUCCGAGAGUCUGAUGUAGAAAUGUUUGAGGAUGAACCCAUUGAAUUCAUCCGCAGAGAUCUCGAGGGCUCAGACAGUGAUACAAGACGACGGGCUGCCACGGAUUUCCUCAGGCAGCUUCUUCAAAACUUCGAGGAUUUAGUCACUACCGUGGUGCUAAGAUAUGUCGAGCACUACCUAGCCGACUAUGCCAAGUCCCCUGCUGACAACUGGAAGUCUAAGGAUACCGCGGUCUACCUCUAUUCCGCCAUUGCGGCCAAAGGUGUCGCUACUGCAAGCCACGGUGUCACUACUAUCAACUCCCAUGUCAAUAUCACCGAUUUCUUCCAGAAGAAUAUCGCUUCCGAUCUCGUUGCGGAGACUGGUGUUCAGCCAAUCUUGAAAGUGGAUGCCAUCAAGUACCUCUACUCAUUUAGAAGCAUCAUCACCAAGGAACAGUGGCGCGAGAUCAUGCCUCUGUUAGUGAAGCACCUUGCCUCUUCAGACUACGUGGUGUACACCUAUGCCGCAAUUGCCGUAGAGAGAGUCUUCGUCCUGACUGACGCUUCUGGCGCUCAAAUCGUGCCAGCAAGUGAUAUCACUCCCUUGGCUGGGCAGCUUCUCGAGCAUCUCUUCCAACUGGUUCAGAAAGAGUCAUCUGCACCUAAAGUCCAGGAGAACGAGUUCAUCAUGAAAUGUAUCAUGCGAGUUCUUGUGGUAAUCAAGGAUGGUGCUGUUCCUCAGACACAGUCCAUUCUCAACCAUCUCAUCAGGAUCACUGAGAUCAUCAGUUCUAACCCCAGCAACCCCCAUUUCUACUACUACCAUUUCGAGGCUCUAGGCGCGCUCAUCAGAUUUACCGGACCUUCCCACCCAGAUAAGCUUGGCCAGGCCUUGUAUACCCCGUUCUUUACCCUCUUGAGGAACGAUCUGUUAGCUGCCUUGCUUGAAGUCGAUCCCAACGGACCGUUCCCAGACUACUUCAAGGACAUGAUUGCCCCCAUUCUUGCGCCCGUUAUGUGGGAGCAAAGGGGAAAUGUCCCUGCCCUAGUUCGACUGUUGCAAGCUAUCGUGCGACGCGGAGGGGACAUAUUGAGCAAAAACAACCAAAUUGAGCCGAUAUUAGGAAUCUUCCAAAAACUAGUGUCUUCCAAGGUCAACGAAAGCUAUGGCUUCGACCUUUUGGAAACUGUAAUUUCAACUUUCCCUUCGGCUAUGCUACAAAGCUAUUUCCCUACCAUCCUCCAGAUCAUCCUUACCCGACUUCAGAACUCGAAGACCGAAAAUUUCUCACUCCGGUUUGUUCGAUUCUAUCACUUCCUCUCUGCCCACCUAGAGAACGGGUACGGAGCAGACUUCUUCAUCCAGUGCACCGAAAAUAUUCAAAGCGGCGUCUUCACCCCCAUUUAUCUCAGCAUAAUCCUUCCGGAAUCGAGAAAACUUGCUCGCCCGCUUGACAGGAAAAUUGCAAUCAUCUCGUUUGCCAAAACUCUUGCACACUCUGAAGCUUUCGCCACUCGGUACAAGAAAGGAUGGGGCUUUACCUGUGAAGCCCUACUAUACCUGCUCGAUCAACCGAUUCUCCCAACUACCGGUGAUGACAUUGUAACCGAGCAUGAUGUUGAGGACAUGGCAUUCGGAGUUGGAUUCACCCAACUAACAACCAUUAAGAUGCCACCUAGAGACCCUUGGCCAGAGACCGGCCCGCAAGUUGGGCAGUGGGCUGCUUCUUAUUUGAAGGAGCAGAACAGCAAGAAUAAUGGAAGGAUUCAGACCUUUGCUCAGGAGCGGCUAGACCCUCAAAUCUUACCGGGCUUGGCCAAGCUGCUUGCAUAG